AUGGUCGAGGGACUUGAAGCUAAUUUAUAUAAUCAUUUUGUGGGUCUUCUUUGGGGCAAUGGUGAUUCAGCUUAUCUAUCUAAGUUGGAUUUUCCAGUUGAUACCGAAUGGGAGUCUUUCUGCGCUAUCAUAUUAGACAUUUCUGGGAGAGAUUGGAAAAAUCCUCAGAUACAUUCAGGUUCAUCAUGGGAAUUUCUUGUCAACAGCAGCUUUCACGAGAAAUAUUCUAAAUCUCAUUUCAUGAGUGGAUUUUCUCGUAGAAUAUCACUUCAAAGUGAUCAAUCAUGUAUUGCUUCUCAACACCUGGAUACUUCCCACACAGUUGAAUCUUUAUUAGAGAUUAUUGAUUUACUACAUGCAGUGUAUGAAAGUCUGAAACUUAAUCAUCUUCGUAAAAGUUAUCUCGUAUAUCCAUUCUAUUUCAAGGAUCUAGGGCAUCUUGUUGCUUUGUUAUUGAAAGCUGCUCAGAAGUUUCUAAAAGAUGGUGACAAGGUGAAACUAAUAGUGAAAUUGAAGGGACGUGAAAGCGAGUUAAAAAAUAAUGUGAUUGAUCUUAUUAGAUGUUUCCGUGAUGAUGUAGGGGAGGUAAAGUUGAUGGAAGAAAGGAAUAUGAAGCCACUUGAUUCAAAUCUUGCAACAUUAUCGGCAAGAUGCAGUAAAGACUUGGAGUUGAAUUUGGCUAAGUCAUUCUUGAGUGAGAUGGGCCAAUGCACAACUGCUUAUCCAUAUAAUCAGCUGCUUGGAGCAUUAGUCUUAAAGAAUUAUGAAAGACAACAUGCAACUUUACUUAGUUGGAAUUUGAUGUACGGAGUAGAUUAG